AUCCAUCAGAAACCUGCAGUCUUCCAGGAUGGUCAGCGUGGCCCGGGCUCUGCUCUUCGGCACACUCCUCUGCCUCUGUGCAGGUGUCAGCACACAACAUGUCCUCACCCAGCCUCCGUCGCAGUCCGUGUCUCCGGGUCAAACCAUUAAACUCUCCUGCACUGGAAGUGCUGGCGGCAACUGGAAUUACUUCGGCUGGCACCGACAGCAGCCUGGGCAGGCUCCCCAGUUUGUGGUGUAUGGAAGCAGCAGGGGAGAAGGGAUCCCGGAUCGGUUCUCAGGGUCCACCUCUGGGAGCCCCAACUAUUUAACCAUCACCAAUGCCCAGGCUGAAGAUGAGGCAGCUUAUUACUGUCUUGCCUAUGAGGGCAAUAGCAACGUGUCUCACAGUGGUUGGUUCUGGUGAGGAACUGAGAAAAAACAGUUCCCCGUCUUCUGCUUGCCAGAGAGAGUCCAGGCCGCUCAAAUUCCCAUCAUGUCUUGGGUGCUUCUCCUCCUCGCCCUUCUCAUUUACUGCUCGGGCAUCAGCUCCCAGCCUGUGCUGACGCCGGGUCCUCCCCCGUCAGCCGCUCUCGGCGGCACAGCCAGAUUCUCCUGCAGCCUGAGCAGCGAGCACGCGAACUACGCUAUUGGAUGGUACCAACAGAGAGAUGGGCAGGUGCCUCGGCUUUUGCUGUACAGUGACACCACCAGACCCAGCGGGAUCCCGGAUCGCUUCUCCGGCUCCAAAUCAGGCCGUGAGCGUUAUCUGACCAUCACCGGUGUCCAGGCGGAGGAUGAGGCCACCUAUUAUUGCGGUGUUGGUUAUAGUGGUAGUUACUCACUGUGGUACAAUUGCAAGGGGAACCAGUACAAGAACCUCUUUUCAGGCAAGAAAGGGAAGUCUUUGCUGUCUGCACACUCUCGCUUCCGUGUGUGGUUGUUCUUCAUGCUUUGGUGA